CACAGGGGCCUAGUCCUGGGGUUCCUAGGGGCUUUUCAAGAACUUAGAUACAAAGGUUCAGAGGCAAGGGCCACAGUGCUGGGAGAGCACUGGGUUAGAAAGAGCUAGGGGUGGUGGUAGAUGGGCGAAGACUAGAGGAAACCUGGAGGUGGGUGAGAGGAGAGGCAUAAAGUUGUUUAUGGAGGAGGCUAGAAGGCGGGUUAGAACUGGGGCAUCCUAAGGUUGCAUUCCACUGGAGUAAGCUUGCGCUUAUGCAGAGGGGGUAGGAAAAGCAUCUGAGUGGAGUGUGUAGGAUGGACCAACACUCAGACCCAGGUGAAGCCAAGAUGUAGGGAGAAGAGGUCUGGAGGUCUAUGGGGUGGAGCCCUCAGUGGCCUGAGGAGAGCACAUAGGGGAAAGACAUCGAGGUCCUGGUUGUGCAUAGCCAGCAAAGAGAUCCUGCCUCAGUCACCCCUCCGGAUGCUGGCGCUGCUGUCCCCCUGCCCUCAGCCCCUGGUACUUUCCUCCCGUGAGGCCAUGGAGGGCCCUCCCCGUCGGAUGGGCCGGUCCCCAGAACCUGCAUCUUCCUCCUCAAUGGGAUCUCCCCAGACUUCAUCCCCGCCGAGGCCCAAUCACUACCUGCUUAUUGACACACAGGGUGUCCCCUACACAGUGCUGGUGGAUGAGGAGUCACAGAGGGAGCCAGGGGCUGAUGGCACUUCAGCCCAAAAAAAGUGCUACAGCUGCCCCGUGUGUUCAAGGGUCUUUGAGUACAUGUCUUAUCUUCAGCGACACAGCAUCACCCACUCAGAAGUGAAGCCCUUCGAGUGCAACACCUGUGGGAAGGCAUUCAAGCGGGCCAGCCACCUGGCGAGGCACCACUCCAUUCAUCGGGCUGGUGGCGGGCGGCCCCAUGGCUGCCCACUCUGCCCUCGCCGCUUUCGGGAUGCAGGUGAGCUGGCCCAACACAGCCGGGUGCACUCAGGGGAGCGCCCGUUUCAGUGCCCGCAUUGUCCUCGCCGCUUCAUGGAGCAGAACACGCUGCAGAAACACACUAGGUGGAAGCAUCCUUGAGCCAGGCCGCUGGAUGCCCCGGUGCAGUGGAACUCUGGGGGAAUCCUGUGCCUGGAGGUUGGCUUUCUUCCAGGCCCUGGAUAUUAACACAGAUCAGUCUCAUCCCAGAGGCCAAGCCCUGCCUGGAGGCGGAGCCUGUGAGUAAUCUUCAGAUCCUCGGGUCUCAGAGCUUUGAUGUGAAUGAGAUCUCAUAUAGAAUAGAGCUCUCUAGCCUCAAAGAUAUCAGAUAUUCCAUGGCCAUGGCAAAGCCUUGACUGGAGGGGUGGGGGUGGGGAAUGUCCAGUGUGUGGAUAUUCUCUGGCCUUAUAAACUUGGCUGGGGUCUCCAUGCUGAUGAUGUUGGGGAGAGGGGUCCCCAGACUGGUCUGCCAACGCCCAACCAUGCCUGAGACUGGACAAACAAUAAACACAUUUUCCCACUUGA